AUGAGUGCAAGUAAAGACGACGUGAAACGCCGACAAGUGAUUGUGAUCCUGGAGCAGGCAGCUUUAGAGACUGUGAAGACUUCAAAAGGUUAUCAAUUAUUAAAUUGUGAUGAUCAUAAAGGAAUACAUCGAAAACUGGAGCGUGAGGCGAGUGAAUCACGUCCUGAUAUUUUACAUCAAGAACUUAUGGCAUUACUUGAUUCACCACUUAAUAAAACUGGAUAUCUUAAGAUAUAUAUAAGGAGUACGAAAGGAAUCUUGAUUGAAGUAAGUUCGCAAAUGCGUGUACCACGUACAUAUAAACGUUUUGCUGGUCUUAUGGUUCAAUUACUUCAUACACUAAAGAUUCGAUCGUCGGAUGGAAAUCAUACGUUGCUUAGUGUGAUUAAAAACCCAGUGACGAAAUAUCUACCUGCGAAUUCCAAAAAGUAUGCACUCUCUCGUACUGGAACACUUGUAAAUCCAUGGGAAUGGGUGGAAACGUUGCCUAAAGAUGAACCAGUGGUAUUUAUUAUUGGAGCUAUGGCUCAUGGUCAUAUUUCAAAGGAGAACACGAAUUAUCUGGACGAGACGAUCUCGAUUUCGGAGUACCCUAUGAGUGGUGCUCAAGCCAUUUGUCGUUUACUCAACAGCUUUGAGCGUCACUGGGGUAUCUUGUAA